AACAUGAAACGCACUAUAAAACCGAGCUGAUGCUGCAACAGAUGCAUCACAAACAUUUCCGGUGUUCUAGCACAAGCAUGUCAAACAAGUUCGCACUGAUCUUUGCCCUGGCAGCCCUCUGCUGCCUGGCAGCAACAACUGAGGCUGCUGCUCAGCGACGCAACGGGCUGACGCGCACGCCCAUCGUACAGGAGGAUGAGAUCAAGUCCACCGAUGUGGACAACCAAGAAGAGGACGAGCAACAAAUCGAAGAGGAGGCCGACCAGGAGGAGGAUCCUGAAAAGACGGGCCCAAUCGUGGUGCAGUCCAACGAGCAUCGCAACACCGCCGUCGAUACUAAGCCAAAGCAAACUGUUGCGCGGCCCAGCAACGAGGAUGGCCGUGCCAGGCGUGUAAUCCGCAGGCGAGGUGGCAAGCGUCAGAACAGGAACAACCGUCGUCGUCGUGGCGGUCGUCGUCGUCGUGCAGGCCGCAGAAAUCGCGCUGGAGUCCGUCGCACCGUCAGAAGACGCAAUGGCAGGCCACUGAGGGGUUAACCAGCCAAUUCCACACUCAAUCAGACACGAAAACACCGAUGUACUUAGGCCAAUACAAUACACACACACACACACACGAACACACACGCAUGUUGAAGCACCGAACUGACUUUUAUGUUAUACUUAUUUAAUUUCCCUUUCAAAAAUAAUACAAAAUCAAAAAUAUAUUUUCACAUUUUAACAAAAA